UACAGUGGCCAGGGGGAUGUGAAAGCUCAGCUCCCAGACAUACUAAAUCAAUUAAAUAAUGCAAGUAUGAUGACUGGAGUAACAGCUGACUCAUCUGCAGACAUUUUCGCUUCGGUUGAUGUUCUAUCAAAGCUUUCAACUGUGUCCUCAGAAACAAACACAAAAUUUGGUGGUGAUGUUGUAAAUACAUUUCUAAGUACUGCAAGCAACCUAACUGACAACAGUAGAACAGCUGCUUGGGAUCCCAAAAGAAAAACAUCAGGUGCAAUCACACUACUAAAUGCUAUUGAGUCCUUUGUAAAAAUGCUGGAACCUAGCAAUGCAUCUUUUGUUAUUGAAACACCAAAUAUUCUACUGCAAGGAUGUUUCUUUAACAGCACUCUUGACAAGAACUAUACAAAGUCAUUCAAAGCAAGACUUGGUGUUAGUAUGAUGAUAAAUUAUACAGAUAUACAACAUAUGGUUGAAAACGUAACAAACAUCACAGUUAGUAGCACAGUUUACAUUUCACUUUCUGAUCUGAUAGAUGUUACAGGAAAUGCAUUCCAGGGCUACUUUCUGAACAGCCUUAUUCAGUCAACAUCAAUAUCAACAGGAAGCAGUAUAACUCCAACAGGUAUUGGAAUUUCCAUGACUUUUGAGAAUGACAACAAAACACAAUCUACUGAUAAUGCUGUAUGCGUCUUUUGGGAUAAGAAUGCAUCUUCAGGGACUUCCCGAACAGGAGACUGGUCCUCUUAUGGCUGUCAAACCAUUGUUACAGGAAAUGUUACAACUUGUCGAUGCAAUCAUUUAACUUCAUUUGCUGUUUUAAUGGCUAUGACAGUGUUGCAAGAUCUUCUGAUUGUUUCUCAGAUUACUCAGAUAGGUCUUGGAGUUUCUAUAGGUGCACUUUGCAUCUGCCUUUUUAUUGAAAAAAUAGUGUGGAACUCAGUUGUAAAGAGUAACAUUUCCCACUUCCGUCAUACUGCACUCAUUAAUAUAGCAUUCUCACUACUAGCUGCAGAUAUCUGUUUUGUAGCAUCGGAUUUUCCACUAGUGAAAAAAUGGGGCCUCCUUUGCAGUGGCAUUACCUUCCUGAGCCAUUUCUUUUAUCUUGCUUUGUUUUUUUGGACACUUUGUCAAAGUCUGAUGCUUUUCCAUCAGCUAACAUUUGUUUUUCAUCAACUGAGAAAAAAAAUGUACAUGACUGUUUCAUUUGGAGUGGGAUUUGGAUGCCCAUUUCUUAUUGCAAUGGGCACUUUCUUUUAUUAUUUUCCACGUGGCACAUACCGUAAUGACAGAGUUUGCUGGCUAAAGCCAACUGGUGGACCUAUCUAUGCAUUUAUUAUCCCAGCUGGAACUAUUGUGAUUGUUAACUUCCUCAUCAUGAUUGUUGUUAUUGCAAAAUUAAUGAGGCCAUCAGUGUCUGAUGGAAGCAAAGCUGAAGAUAAAGAAACAGCAAAAAAUAUCUUGAAAGCUGUAUUAAUUUUAACGCCAGUUUUCGGAUUAACAUGGGCUCUUGGAUUUGCAACAAUGCAACCAGCAACCAAAGAUGUUUCUACUGUUUUCAAUUAUGCUUUUUCUAUAAUGAAUGCAUUUCAGGGUUUGUUCAUUUUGAUUACAAGCUGUGCCACGGAAAAGAAGGUUAGAGAAACAUUCCUUAAAAAGAUCUUCAAUAUUGAGCCUAAAUCUUCUUCUACGUCUACCAAGUCUGAGUUUACUUCAAAGGCAGCACCUUCAUAGAUGGAGAAGUUGGAUACAUU